GAAGUAUCGUGAAGCAGCUAUGAUAGAGAUUGAAGUGCUGCAACAGCUUGGUAAACAUGAUAAAGGUGGAAAUCGUUGUGUGCAAAUACGGAACUGGUUUGACUAUCGUAACCAUAUCUGUAUUGUUUUUGAGAAGCUUGGACCAAGCUUAUACGAUUUUCUUCGCAAAAACAAUUAUCGCUCAUUUCCCAUUGAUCUUGUCCGUGGGAUUGGAGGACAACUGUUGGAAUGUGUAGCAUUUAUGCAUGACUUGCGUCUGAUUCAUACUGACUUGAAACCUGAGAACAUUCUUCUAGUUUCUCCUGAUUAUGUGAGAGUUCCUGAUUACAAGGGUUUGUCCCGAUCACCAAAGGAAGGCUCCUACGUUAAGAGAGUCCCAAAGUCGAGUGCUAUUAAGGUGAUUGAUUUUGGUAGUACUACUUAUGAGCGCCAAGAUCAGAACUACAUUGUAUCCACACGACAUUACCGUGCUCCAGAAGUUAUUCUGGGACUUGGGUGGAGUUAUCCUUGUGAUAUAUGGAGCGUUGGUUGCAUCUUAGUGGAAUUAUGCACUGGCGAGGCUUUAUUUCAAACCCAUGAGAAUCUGGAGCACCUAGCAAUGAUGGAAAGGGUCCUUGGGCCCCUGCCUCAGCAUAUGCUGAAGAGAGUCGAUCGGCAUGCAGAGAAAUACAUCAGAAGGGGUAGACUGGACUGGCCUGAAGGUGCUACUUCAAGGGAAAGUAUUAAAGCUGUUACGAAGUUGCCUCGCCUUCAGAAUCUAGUAAUGCAGCAUGUUGAUCACUCGGCUGGAGAUCUGAUUCAUCUCUUGCAAGGAUUGCUUAGAUAUGAUCCCUCAGAUAGGCUAACUGCUCGGGAAGCACUAAGGCUUCCCUUCUUUACAAGGGACCAAUUAAGGAGGUGACCGCCAGAUUGUUGACGACCAAGGCUUAAGCAAGCUUAUUGUAAAUGGUGAACAGUUUGGUUUGACAGCCACGGGCCCAGGGCAAUGAUGACUGUUGGUCGGCGGAUGUAAAUAAAUAUUCCUCGUGAAAUUGUUAGGCCUCCGCCUCUUAAAUGUGGGUGGUUAAUUUGCAGGCA